AUGUCAACAUUGAACCAUCUCUUUGAUCCUCCGGAUCAGAUUUGCUAUGUACAGUGUGGUUUUUGUACCACCAUUUUACUUGUAAGUGUUCCAUGCAGCAGCUCAUCCACGGUGGUGACUGUGAUAUGUGGGCACUGCUCCAGCCUCCUCUCUGUCAACUUGACGAAAAUCUCUUUUCUCCCUUUCAAUCUCUUAACUUCUCUCAGCCAUGAUCAUGAGCAAAAAGAACUGCUUAGUCCAGACGAAGUCAAUGCUCAAAAAGGCUUAGACACGCAAAGUUCAUUCAUUGCAAUCUCUUCUGACAAUGAUGAAGAUAUUGAUAAAGUUAAUCCAGUGAAUCGUGUCAUUAAUAAACCCCCGGAGAAAAGACAGAGAGCACCAUCUGCUUAUAACUGCUUCAUCAAAGAAGAGAUUAGAAGGCUCAAAACUGAAAAUCCAAACAUGACUCACAAAGAAGCCUUCAGUACAGCUGCAAAAAAUUGGGCCCAUUGCCCCCAUGUCCACUACAAAGAUGAUGGAGAGAGCAUUGGCUUGGAAGAGGAGAACAGCACAUGGUCCUCUGAUGCAGCUGAGGUCAACAUAGAAAGCAAAGGUUUCCAUGAAAGAAAGGUUCCAAGGCAUUACAUGUGGGCAAAGACACCCUUUGAAUGA